UUCAUUUUUCCCCCGUUCAGAUCCAGACAUUUCAUGUUGAAGCACCAUGCCAGACUGUGGAAGAUUUAACGAAUGGGGUUGUGAUGGCCCAGGUGCUUCAAAAAAUAGACCCAGCAUACUUUGAUGAAAACUGGUUAAACAGAAUCAAAACCGAAGUAGGAGACAAUUGGAGGCUAAAGAUAAGCAAUCUGAAGAAAAUUUUAAAAGGAAUAUUGGAUUAUAAUCAUGAGAUUUUAGGGCAGCAGAUUAAUGACUUCACCCUUCCUGAUGUUAACCUAAUUGGAGAGCACUCGGAUGUUGCGGAGCUUGGAAGAAUGCUGCAACUCAUUUUGGGAUGUGCUGUGAAUUGUGAGCAGAAGCAAGAAUACAUCCAGACCAUCAUGAUGAUGGAGGAAUCUGUCCAACAUGUUGUCAUGACAGCGAUACAGGAGUUGAUGAGUAAAGAAUCUCCAGUCUCUGUUGGAAAUGAUGCUUACGUUGACCUUGAUCGUCAGUUGAAGAAAACUACAGAAGAGUUAAAUGAAGCCUUAGCAACAAAAGAAGAAAUUGCUCAGAGGUGCCAUGAAUUAGAUAUGCAGGUGGCAGCACUUCAAGAGGAGAAAAGUAGUUUAUUAGCUGAGAACCAGAUCCUGAUGGAACGUUUGAACCAGUCUGAUUCGAUAGAAGAUCCCAACAGCCCUGCAGGACGUAGGCACCUGCAGCUUCAGACACAGUUAGAACAGCUCCAGGAGGAAACAUUUAGGCUAGAGGCAGCCAAAGAUGAUUAUCGAAUACGUUGUGAAGAGCUUGAAAAAGAAAUUGCAGAAUUGCGACAGCAAAAUGAAGAGCUAACCACUUUAGCAGAAGAGGCUCAGUCUUUGAAGGAUGAGAUGGAUGUACUCAGGCAUUCCUCUGAUAAAGUGGCCAAGUUAGAAAGCCAGGUAGAGUCGUACAAAAAGAAGCUUGAAGAUCUUGGCGAUCUGCGGCGGCAAGUGAAACUCUUAGAGGAGAAGAAUACUAUGUACAUGCAAAACACUGUAAGCUUGGAGGAAGAAUUAAGGAAAGCCAAUGCAGCGCGUAGCCAGCUGGAAACAUACAAGAGACAGGUAGUUGAAUUACAAAAUAGAUUAUCUGAAGAAUCAAAGAAAGCAGAUAAAUUAGAAUUUGAAUACAAGUUGCUGAAAGAAAAAGUAGACAGCCUCCAGAAAGAAAAAGAUAGAUUAAGAACAGAAAGAGAUUCCCUAAAAGAAACUAUUGAAGAGCUUCGAUGCGUACAAGCACAAGAAGGGCAGCUCACCACGUCAGGAUUGAUGCCGCUGGGAAGCCAGGAGUCUUCAGACAGUCUAGCAGCAGAAAUCGUUACUCCUGAAAUCAAGGAGAAACUCAUCCGUCUUCAGCACGAGAACAAAAUGCUGAAGCUUAACCAAGAAGGUUCCGACAAUGAAAAGAUUGCUUUGUUACAGAGCCUACUAGAUGAUGCAAAUCUACGGAAGAAUGAACUGGAGUCAGAGAACAGGCUUGUAAAUCAGAGGCUUCUGGAGGUGCAGUCACAGGUUGAAGAAUUGCAGAAAUCUUUGCAGGAGCAAGGUUCAAAAGCUGAAGAUGCUAUUUCAAUUCUGCUGAAAAAGAAGCUUGAAGAGCAUCUUGAGAAGCUGCAUGAGGCUAACAAUGAAAUACAGAGGAAACGAGCUAUAAUUGAAGAUUUGGAACCAAGAUAUAACAGCAGUUCGCUCAAAAUAGAAGAAUUACAAGAAGCUUUACGGAAAAAAGAGGAAGAAAUGAAGCAAAUGGAGGAACGAUACAAAAAGUACUUGGAAAAAGCCAAGAGUGUUAUCCGGACUUUAGAUCCUAAACAGAACCAGGGCACUGCUCCGGAGAUUCAGGCUCUGAAAAAUCAACUGCAAGAACGGGACCGAAUGUUCCAUUCGUUAGAGAAAGAAUAUGAGAAAACAAAGACUCAAAGAGAGACAGAGGAAAAAUUUAUCGUGAGCGCCUGGUAUAAUAUGGGAAUGACUCUGCAUAAAAAAGCAGCAGAAGACAGACUAGCUAGCACAGGCUCAGGACAGUCCUUCCUGGCUAGACAAAGGCAAGCUACCAGCACACGGAGAUCUUACCCUGGUCAUGUCCAGCCAGCUACAGCAAGGUAGAGAAGACUUGCCUUUAGAAAGGAAACAGCCCUGGCAUACUUUGUUGCACGUGACAACGUUUCAGGAAAUGCAACUGGCAUCCUUUAUCUUUGUUUCUUGUUACCGCUGUUAUUUCUCAUUUCAGGAAGGGGUUUUAUUAUGAUUUCUUAUUGUUUUAAUGCCCUUCAUUCUACUUUUCCCGGAGUCCUCUCUUCUCUCCCUUUAAAUGUGCCAACAUUUUGAAAACAUCCAGAGGAGUGCUGCAUUAUAAUGGAUUUUUUUUUAAAUUCGUAUGAAGUUUGUUCUCUCUUUCCUAGCGUCUGACAUAGGCUAUGUAGCAAACGUGAAUUUUCUGUCAGAAAUGAUACACACCUACUUAUGUGUGUUGUUCUCCUUUAUAAGACUCUUUUCAUUGAAAGGGAAUUACUCUCCUUUUUACUAUGUAAUAAUCAGUGUUUAAAAUUGAUGAAAAUCCUUUAUAGGAUAUGCAAAAUGGCGGCAUAAAAUGGCUAUAAAACAUGUUUCCCACCCAAAAAAACAAAAACAAAAAACCACUCCACCCCAUAGACAUUAGCAUAGGUGCUAACCGAGCUACAUCCUGUGGCAUCUGAUAUGCAGUAUGUGCACAACAGACAUGAAUUUAUCUUUUCCUGGGAAGAGGUUGCUCCUGUUCUUGGCAUUUAGCAUUUAAUAGGGAAGCAGGCUGAUUUGGAGGCCCCUCUUCCAUUCCCUUUCCCCUUAAAAGGCAUAAGAGCUGCUUUUAUUUCUCCACUAUUGUUUGCUGCCACAGGUGCAAUGUUUUGAGAUUGUUCUCCCGCUAGUUGAGUCUAUCCAGAAAAAAAGAUCAUGGAAUAUUUGGAAUGCUUUAAUGUUCUACAGCAUCGUUGAGUUCAAAGAUGGCAUUUAUUUUAAAUAUUUGUAAUUACGGACUAACCAUACUUCAGGGAGCAAAGCCCAGCUCAAUAUUGUUGCCGUUAACAUAUUCACAUUGUCAUCCACCACUAAAAGACUUCUUGUAACUUAUUGACUAGGAGGAUGGUUAUAUUGAUUGUCUUACUAAUGAUAGCUGUGCCUUUAGGCAAGUUGGUUGCUUACUUGACCGAAAAGUUUGAAGGCUAAUUCUUUUGACACGUGACAGUCCAUUUAUUUGUAGCAUCUUCGCUGCACCUUCAUUUUGAUAAAAUGAGUGGUUCUCACUGCUAAUACUAAUUUAGGACAGAUCCUUCUACACAGUGCUGAGUAUUUCGGAGUGUUCUGAACCACCCUAAACUCCCAAUAACUUCCUGAAGAGUUGAAGAUACUCAACACCUAAAAUCUCUUAGGAUCAGUCGUUGCAGUUUUACUAAUAAGGGAGCUUUGUAUACGUGUGUUUUUGUGAUAUGACCUUCAACACAAAUCUUGUUCCUAAUAUGAUGUGCAAACCAUGUAGUUUCUUAAGUUUACAUUUUUUUUAAUGAUUUUAAUCUCUUGCCCAAUGCAGGACUUUCCUUCUAUUAAAACCCUUCAAAAGUAGCUCACCUUGACUUUUUUUAAAGCAGCCCAAGGUAUAUUUUAAUCUAACCUUUUAGUGUAAAAUGGUUAUAGGCAGGGCUCGACAAAUCGCUGUUUCUACUCGCCCGUGGUGAGUAGAUUUCAGCUGGUCGCCCCGUUCACCAGCGGCGGGCGCAUGCGCAGUGUGGGUCUUGCGCAUGCGCAGUGCAGAGCUGGCAAGUAGAUUUCGUCGCCAUUUGUCAAGCCCUGGUUAUAGGACUCUGAAGGACCAGUAGACAUGGAUUCAAAGACAUAGAUUCAUUUGUAAGUGCUAUUAUAGUCUAGAGCACAGUCAACUGCUCAUACCUAAUCCAUGUUAAAAAUUACUAUUAAAUGAUAGAAGAAGUUAUCUUGAUCCUGAUUUUCCCAUCUAUACAAAAAACAUCUUCUGAAGUCCAUGGGCAAAAUACGUGUUUGUCUUUCGACAUAACAUAGAAAUAAUGGUGAGCGGCAUUGAAUGUAUUGAUUAAAAAAAGCUUUAUAGCUCUGGUUUGCCCCCUGUAUGAAGCCUAAAAUUAGGUUAGGAAGAGAAAAUUUCACCUGUAGUGUGUGUCAAUCUAACAGUGUAGGAGGCUGUUUAGGCAUAAAGUGAUAUUAGCCUUGCUGUGUUUUGGUGAGAAAUAAAAUGUAAAAAGGCAAGUUUCAUAAGCACCAACUAGCAAUAUGAUUACUCUGACACAUCUUGAUUGUGGAAUUCAGAUGGGUCGCUUUAGGAAUCUUUCUUGCAUGUACCCUGUGUGUACAGGAGCAAGAGUUAAUCCGUGUUCCUCAAUAAAUAUAUACAACAGUUUUCAGCCCCCUAGGAAAGAACCCAAGAAUAUUUAGGACUUUAUUCUGUUUUUGUCUGUCAGGCUCUUCCUUUGUACCACCACCUGCCAACAUCUACUUCUGAAUGAAGGGGAUUCCAGAAUUUUAAGGGGAGGUUAUAUUUCCAAGUUUGUCUGCUAAUUCACUUUCAGAUGACUGUGUAGCCAAACGAAACUCCAUCCUAAAAUUAAACAACUUGCUUUUGUUUUUAGGGGGUUUCCCCCUCUCUUUUCUGGCUCCUUCUCCCCCUCUUCGCUGCCUUUGGGUUUUUUGUCUCACGUUUGUCGGUUUUACUAUUUUGAGGUUUUGUUUUUGGAGCCCACUCUCUCUUUAUUUUGGCCUUUCUCUUCUUUUCCCCAUGAGCUGCUUUCCAUGGGUCUUUCUGAGCAUCUCAAUGAAAGCUGUACUAUCCUGUUGAGUUUUAUGUUGCUUUUACAGCUGACACUGUGUAGGUAGGAACAGCAGAGACGAACAGUAAAUCUGUGUUUUGUUGCUGCUGUGCAUAAUUACCAGGUUUCAUGAAAACUGCUGUGACUAUUUCUAAUACCAUAAAUCCGUAUUAAAUAAAACACACAGUCCUGCCCUGCUCACCUAAAAAGGUUACUCCCUAUGGGAGAACUAAUUUGCAUUCCUACAAGGGGUAAACAGUCCUCCUGGGCAGCCACACUUUUAGCUGAUUAUGACAAAGAGCUGAGCAGUCCGUGGGAGUCCUUUCUGAGCUUCCUAACAACUGUGGAAAUUUCAGGCAGGCACCUUCUGUCUCGAAGCUUUGUAUUAAAUAAAGGAAAUAGCCUAAUGCCCAAGCAAGUCCACAAGUCUACAGCAUGAUCAAACGACUGGAACUUAACUUCUUUUAUAUUCAAGAACGUGCCGAUUAGGGAUGUUAAAUUUAGAUUAAUUAACUAAUCGAAUAGUCAAUAGGGUUUUCAUCAACUAUUUGAUUAGUCUAUAAGGGUGCCUUUGCCUUUUAACUGUAGCAAUAGCCCUGCUGGUCAUGUGCUCCCUGUGGUGCCUCCACCUUUGAAAUGUACAAGAGCCCCAGCGCUGUCUCCAUGCUUCCUCCUAGGGCUCUUGUAUGUUUUAAAAGCAAAAUCACAGCAGAAGUGGCACAAGCGGAGACAGUGCUGAGGGGAACCAGCUUUUAAGCCCUCUCCCCCAGCACUGGCUCCUGAUCUCUCUCUUGCUGCCUCUCUGAUAGAGGCAGCAAGGAGGGAAGCAACUAGUCACAUCACUAGUCGAUUAUCCAAUAAGCUUAUGCUUCUCCAAUAGUCGACUAGUCACUUACAUCCCUAGUGUGGAUUCAAGCAUGUACAGUGCCCUGUAAGUUGUACUAGAAACAUCAUAAGGAAGAAUUUGUAAGAUUCAGUUUUUUCUUAAUAAUACUUAGCACUUGAGGAAUGCUUUAUAUUUUUCCAAGUGCUUUAUAAACAGUAACGGACUGAUUUUAAAGUUAACUUUUAGCCAAAGUGUAGCACAAAGAGACGUCUAACAUAGAAAUAUAAAUAUGUAAACAUUUUAUACUGAAAAUAAUACAAACAGGAAAUGGACUACCUGUUGUUUUAUCACUGUAUCCUUCUUGAUAUUAAGCAAAUAAGAAUUCUUUGCAAUUUUGGUGUCACUGCCAGACUAAAAUAAUUUCUAUGUUUGCUUUAAAAAUAUUGCUAGCAGUUUUCUAUUCCAACAGGUUUCAUUAGCAACUUUAAUGUUCAUUAGUGUAUCAAAGGGUGAAUUUUUUUGAAUCCUAUUUAGAACUAAAGUACCUGUCAUUUUCUGCUGUCUCCAUAGCAUUGAGGGGUAUGUGCCAGUUGCUAAGAAAAUUUUAAAGUAGGACUUAUUUUUGAGGGUCCCUUUUUGCUGAUGCAUUCAAAUAAUUUCUGCAGUUUUAUCAAUAUUACUCCUCAUCAGAUUGUCCACUCGACAGCUUCCUGGAUGGUUUGUAAUGAUUCUGCUUGAGUAGUGUUGAUGCUUUGGCAUAGUUGGUAGUUAGAUUAUACUUGCUUUACACAGCGAGUUUGAGGAAGAACACCCAGAAUGUAUGUCUCCAAUUUUUCAUUUUCUAUGAAAUUUAAAACAACCCCUGGAUUGAACACCUUUUAUCGAGAAAUUUUUUCUCUUGGAGAAGAUUGGGAGGAAAAUUUAGCACAUGUAGGGCAAAAUACUUAGGUUUCCACGGGCAUAAAUUGAAUCAAAUUGACCCCUUAUGUUUUGCAAGAUGCCUGUCAUUAAAAUAAUUAGGUAUCUCCAAAAUGAAUAUAUGCUAAUCAGACAGGAUUUAGGGCAAUGAGUUUCUGUACAAAGGAGAAACUUAUAAAUACGUUUUCCCUCUUGUUGUGAGCCCUUAGGCACUCUCAUGCCUUUGGUGUCAUCUAUAGCAGUGGUUCUGAACCAGGGAACUGGGGCCCUUGGGGGGCCAAGAGCGGGUUUUAGGGGGGCCACCAAGCAGGGCCAUCAUUAGACUCAUCGGUGCAUGGGAUAGAAACCUGAAGCCGUCCCCACCACCCCCAACCUCCUGCAUGGGGUUGAAGCCCAGGGCUCUCAACCCCACUUUCGCGGCUGAAGUGGAAGUCUGAACAGUGUAGUGGGAUGGGGAGGGGGGCCCAGGCAGUUAUCCAGCUUACUACCUCCUAAAACCAGUGCCUGUGAGACAGGUGUGCUUUGCAGCUUUUAUAGCAGGCUGACGUGGAGGGGGGACUCAAAGUUGAGACCCCUCUGAAACACUGUGGAUCAGAACUGGAUCCAUCUUGGUGAAGCCUGUUCUCAAUAAAAUCUACAAUGGGGUCACUUGCACUUGAUAGCAACAAUGACUUUCAGACACCUUCCUUAAAAUGAUCGUGUUGAGCAAAGUUUGCAUGUGAAAUCCGGUGUUCCCUCCCUUAAACUAAAAAGUAAAUUUAAUGGUCACGAAACUGAGGACUCAUAUUAGUAAUGGCUUGUGCCAGGCCAAUUCUAGUUAAGCAUUGCUCAUUUCCCUGCACACUUCGCUCUUGGGAGUACAAACACUUCUCCUGUCUACCUGUCUUUUCUCAAUAGAAAUAGGUGAAGUAUGGCAUGAUCUGCUAUGCCUGGGUAUGUGAGCUCCUCGCAUUUCAAGAGGCAAAUCCUGACUGAGCCAGAAACCCCUCAAGCUGAUGGCUGUAGAAGACACUGACUAAGUCUCUGGAACAAGCAAUAAGUGUGGGAAUAGAUACGCUACUAGCUGCCGCUUCAGUCUUAUUUCAGAUCUGCAUUAGGUCUUGGGCAUCCUUGGCAGAGGACCAUCUCAAGCAUAAGUAGGUGACAUUUCUUCCCUAUCUAGAGUGCAGGGAGGCAUCGGAAACUUGGUAGUGACCAAUAUGAGGUGAAAAUAAGAGGAUUUUUUUUUUUCAUCGGGUGAAGAAAGCAAGACAGACACAGGCACCUGUUCUGAGAAGGGUGCUUGCGUACAAAUCUCCAAGAGUGGUCGUUGUCGUAAGUUUUGUUUUUUUUUUUUCGCUGCAACUCACACACCGUAUGAAGCAAAAUACUGGGUUCUUGGCAUUGAUAGAUUUAAUUUAAUGUUGAGUUACAGCUGACUGAACAAGAAACUCAAGAAAGGGGCUUUCCCACAUCAGUAUAGGUAGGCCAGCCUCAGAUUUUUCCCAUCUGUCAAAAUAGAUCUCUGGAGAUUGGCUCUGCAACUGGCACCAUAUUGGGAGAAUCUGACUGCUUCUCUUGUUUUCCAUUCUUGACUCCAAUGUUUUCAUUGGAGAGCGAGGCACAAGGUCACUUUAGAAACAAUCCACUGAUGGAAUUGGACAUAUCUUGGCAUUUAACAAAUAAAAGUAGACUGGAAAGCCCUGGGAAACUCUACUAGAAGCAAUGUGCAUUUUUUUUCCCAGCUGCACAGUUCUAAAAGACAUCAGAUUACUCCCUAACAAUGGAUUCAAGUCAGCUUCCUAAACUAAUUGUUUGACACCCAAAACAGCUGAUGGAUCAGAAACAAUUCAUGAUAAAUGCUCUAGAGUCUUGAUCCGUGGUGUCCAACCAGUUGAAGCAGUAGCCACAAUAGUGGUUACUGCUUUAGCGAACUAGCCUUGUUAGUCUGAAAAUGUAAAUACUAGAAUGGUUAUUGCUGUAGCAACUCGCCACACUCAAGCGGCCAGAUAGCCACUUGUGGCUAGUGUGUUGGACACCAUGGGUGGGGGUGAAGGGCUGAGCUUUUUGAAGUGCAUGGGCAUUUUGCCACUGACUUGGGUUUUCACUCUCUCAUCUGAAGAUACAGUUCUUUCUACAAUAAUGGGGUAGCUCUGAAGUGGUUCUGCGCAUUGGUCAGUGCCAAUGGAAGAUCAGAGAUGUUCUGUGUUCAUUGCUUAUAGGAAGACACGUGGAGACCUGACAAAGGAGGGAGCGUGGCGCAUUAUACAUUGAUGCCACAAUUUAAAAUAAAUCCCCGUCUUAUGAGAUCAGAGGCGUUCUCUUAGUGCUGUUCGGAGCCUCCGAUUUCAGAAGUGGGUUUGAGAACUGGUUGAAGUACUGUCCAGGAAAAAUGAAAGUGUGGCUUACAGGGUACUUGGGAAACCAUUCGUAUUUGCUGGCAACCUUAUUUACUGCCAGUUGCGGCUGACGUGUUUUGCAUUUAGGCAUGGGAACAGUUUUUGUACGGGAACAGAAGGUGAAAGCUCUGGUUUCAGUGAGAGAAGAAUGGCUGUUUUCAUCUUUAAAAAAGGAGACGUUUCAAUCAGUUCUUCCAGCUGUGGAUCCUCAGGACAAUGGUCUUUGUGCUACCAGUUUAAGGGCUGCCACCAGAAACACACUUAGGGAUUGCAACUGUUACAGAACUUAGCAGUCCAGCUGCUCCGGUGGUGUCUUGCUGGAGGUAUCGAUGCUGCCCACAGCUUAGAAACUGCUUAUAAUUCAGCCAUUCUGCUUCCAUGUCUUGCUAAUUUAUCAGCAUUGCUAAAAACCAGUCCUUCACUGUCACUCUGAUAACAUGGCAUGGUAACAAAGGCCAUGAAUAUGAAUAGCAUAAAGAACUCAACUUGGAAAUCUGCCAGUCUUAAAUUGAAAUACUUAGGGUAUAACUCCCCCCCGCCCCUCAACUUUUUUUUUCCCCCUCAACAAAAAAUCCUCGGUGUUUCACAUUUAAAAAGAAAAAUGGUUUGGUGUUCCUCGGUCUUUAAAAAGUUUCAGAAAUACUGCCCUAGACUAUAUCCUAUCUAGAAAGACAUAUCGGGCCUAUCCCUCAGUUCCCUGCAAGUCUACCUGGCAGCUGUUACUGCACUUCAUCCCUCUAUGGAAGGCAACUUUCUCUUUGCACACUCGCUAACCACUUGAUUCUCAAAUGCUUUGAUAGGGACUUUCCCUGCCUCCUGGAAAAAUAACACCCUUGUGGGACUCAAAUCUUGUCCUCUCCAUUUCAACACCCCUCCUCCCCAGUACUUAGUGACUGACUUCAUGUCUUUCCUCUCCGUGAAAGUUGCCUUUCUCAUAGUCAUCACAUCAAGGAGGGUCAGAGCAGUGAAGACAGACCCUCCACACGUUACAUUUGCCAAAGAGAGUUGCUGUACAACUACAUCCCAGAUUUAUCCCAACAGUGGUUUUGUCAUUUCUCCUUCACCAAUCCAUUCACUUACCUAUAGUCUUCCCAAAACCCCAUACAUCUGCAGAAGAGCAUGGACUCCACUUCCUAGAUGGCCUUUUGCCAUAGAGACCCAAACCUUUCUGAAAGACCCCGCGGUAGUUUGUUGCUAGAGCGCAGAGAAUCUGAGGAUAGCCCAUCUCCAUCCAGAGAACUUCCAAAUGAAGAUUCUACCCUGUCGGUUCCCAAACCUUGCCCUCUCCCAGUGGGGGUACACAUGCACUCCACAGGAGCCCUACAUACCCCUCCCAAAUGUCUGAAGCCAUCAUAUGGUGCACCCAUAGCAAGAUAUUGCACCGUGGUACAAGAUUCAGUGGCUGAUGACUGAUUUGUGAUGGAAGUUCUCCAUUCAGCUUAUCCCACCCUCCUCCUGCGUAGUGCUGUUCGUCAGUCACCCGUAGUAGAAUGCUGUAGAGACUAUCACUCGAAGAAGUGUUUACUCACAACUAGAGGCUCUUUGAGAUACCUUGCCCUUAUUUCUAUUUCACUUACCCAUCCUUCUCCCAUCUGCUCUCCGAUUUGUGGAGGAGAAGGAACCGAAGAGAUCUUUGGUCCACUCUACCCUUCCUUACCUGGGUCAGAAGUGUAAGGCAAGCCAGACUAUAUAUGCAGAGCAACAGACGCUGCUUUCAAAUUCUCCGACUCUCGUGUGGUGCGCCUAUGUAAGUAUCAGGGCAUUCAUAUAGGGACCGCCCCCUCAAAGCACCUCCAGUUACAGGCAAGUAACCGCCUCAUCUUCAGCCGUUGGAAAUCCUCAGAGCUCCUUCCUUCUGAAGCAUUGACACUUUCUGCCAGCUGAGGAUCAGCCUCAGUAUCUUGGACCUCUCCAGGCUUAAAAAACUGCUGCUGUUACAGUGAUUAAAAAAUUCCCUACUAUGGAAAUACUUCCUAGAAGUUGUUACCAGAUUCGUUUCUAGUAAUAACAGGCACUAUUCUAACCCACAAGGACAGUCACAUCUCUCCCUCUCUUGGGCCAGUGUAUUUCGGAGAGUCUGUGGCCAUGUUUACCUUUUCUUUUGUUUCCCCAAAGGGCUCCCUUUAGUAAAACGGAAACAAUGUAUUUUCCAGUGUGUUAGAGUAUGUUAACUGCAUCACCCUAUCUUUCAUUUAAUCCGAUUGGACAAGCAGAUUUUCAGUAUCUCACCCUCUGAUGAGAGUGAACAAGUGGACUGAGCUCUCUCUCAGCUUCAGCAUUUUCACAUUUUGCGGCGUUUUUUUCCCAAUCAUCCACAUCCUGCUGUGCAUGCUCGUUUAGUAGCGCUUGAGUGGACAACGGUGCACCUGGAUGUGCAACUACCAGCAUACUUUUUCAGGAUUCGGUGUUUAAUGCAUUCUUGAUUUUAUUUCACUUGAUUUGUUAUGGUCCGUUCUCUCUCUCUGUGCACUUUCUGACUUCUCUACAUAAUAAACAUUCUGGUUAGGAGGACAGGAGCACGAAGGUGGGCGCAUAGUAAGGUCAUUGUGCUGUUACAGAAAUUUGAAAGCGUACACUUGUAAUGUGUGCAGCAAAGUUAAGUAGUUGUGUUAUUUUGGGUUUGGUAGAAUUAACGCAGCAUCUACAGGACUUGUGCUUUUGCAAUAACUUUGGAAAGAAGUGUCUUAACGUUUAGCCAUAAAGACAUUUUCGCGAAUAAAUUCAGUCCAGAUUUGCCUGCGAUGAGAAGCAUUAUUAGAGUCAGGACAAUUCUUAGAGCCUGUAUUCUAUCAGAUGAGCGUAUUUGCUGUUUAUAUUGAGAUGGGAUUAUUGAAAAUCAGAAUAAGCCCACAUUGGAAUCAAGUUUCUCUCCUAUUCUGCAUAUUUCUGCAGUAAUAUCUAAAAUUUGCUUUCAAUCGAAAACUUUAUUUUACAUGAAAUGACUAAAACUUAUUUGUGUACAAUGAACAUGACACAGAUGUGCUUGUUAGGCAGCUUUGGUAGAGCUAAUCAAAACUCAGGGCUUGCUCAUUAAUAUUUUUAUCUUGCGACACUUGUGUGGCAUUUCUGACCGAUGAGAAUUGAAAAUAUGACUCAUUGCCUUUUUCAGUGGUUAAAACCCAUGCUGUGAGAGCAGCACCUUCUUUAUUUCUGGAAAUGUGGUUUUUUUUUAAGCGGAUUGUGCUCACAGGCAGCAAGAAUGUGUGGAGGCCAAUUUCAAUACUACUGUAGAUCUUGGCGUGGUCUGAAGAGGCCUUCUGCACUAAGAGUGGUGUAACCACUUGGACACAGCUCCUCAAAGGUAUGAAGGUGCCUAACGUCUAUCGAUGUGAAUUAGCUGCCUACAUAGCUUUGAGGAUCUGGGUCGUGGUCCGUUCCUAGGAGUGGCACCAAAUGGAGAUAUUUCUUGGAGGGGAGCGAGGGUGCAAUUCCAGUCCUCCUCCAGCUUCCUCCCCCAGCAGGGCCCCUGCUCAUCCCUUAGCUCCGCCCCAGAUCUUCCUCAGCUGUGGCAUAUCCCCUCUCUCGUCCUCCUAUGCUGCCAAGAAUCGCUUUCUCAAUAGAGCCCCCGGAGCUUGGCUGUAAAGGAACCCGUGUGCCAGACCACAGCCCCAUUUGGAGUGGCAGCCUGGUCCUGUUUCAGUAGCACUGCCACCGUGCCCCUUGGGGUGAUGCUCUGGACCAUUCAGGCAGCAGCCAUGGUGUUUUAGUUGAGAACCGCUGCUUAAAAGUGGUCAGGCCCCCGCUGCCCCCAACUUUGGGGCCUGUAGAUCUCUGACCAAUGCAAAAACCGUCGGGGGAGGCUGGGGGCAAACACCCCUUGUCCCAGUCCCCCCAGCCCAUGGGGCAGCGCUGGGCUAGAGGCCAGCUUUUGUUCUGCCAUUCAGCUGGUAGCACAUUAGGCAUCUUGCGAAUGCUUCUAGUCGCCUUAAUAAAAUAAUGGUUGUAGCCCGCAAGAAACCGUUCCCCUUGACCUAGCUGAGCUUUAACUAGACGCCGCUUAACUAAACUGCAUAGAAAAUGUGUGUUCUGCUUUCCUUUUUAACAGGAAUGAAAUGUUUGGCUUCUUUUUAACUUUCUUCUUUAUUUUUUUUUUCAUUUGCAGUGAUGUGGUUGCAUGACCUGCAGCAUUAUUUGUCAUACAGGGACUGUUCAGUGCAUGACUUGCUUUUCUGCCAGACUGCAUAACCCCAAACUUAACCAGUUCUACCACUUAAGACUCAUGCCAGCUGAUUUCAAAGAGAGACUUGCAAAGAAGCUUGCCAUCUUGGGGAGUGGCUUUAUGGUUUCCCUCUUCCACCACCUGCUCCCUCCACCCCCUCCAAAAAAAAAUAUCUCCCAGUGAAACUGAGGAAGGCGAAAACUCAGUAUUCAGAAUUCUUGAAAGGGCAUUUGAUAAAUUGACACAGAUCCCUUUCAGUGCUCCAUUUUACUUUCUCUAUCCGAUUUAACUACUUCAUUCUAAUUAUUAACACAUAACCACCUGCAAUAUUUUCGAUUACUAAACUAGAUAAUGGCUAGUCUUAAUGUGGUCAUCAAUGUACCUUUUUGUAUAGUCAUAUUUUAAAGGCUCUGCUUCAAUCAGGCUUUUUAUUAUUUAAAUGAAGCCAAGAAAGUUUUCUUGCAGGAGAAAAUGUUUGAAUUGCUGUUUGACGACUCCAAUGUUCCUUAAAAACUAAGCAAGAUCCAGCUGAUAAAUUCCAAGCAUGGACUAUCAUGCAAUAUUUUAUUUGCAAACAUUGCAUACUUUCUUAAUAUGUAUAUACACAGUAGUUUAUGACUGUUACUUUUUUCUCUGUCCAUUUAGCUGUGUCCUCAAUUUCUUUCAGUAACAAUUUUUUUCCAUCUAUGUACAAAUGAUAAAUGAUUCUAGAAAGGAACAUGAGUCGACAGAACUAGUACAAAAGCAGUCUACAGACUUACAGUAUUAUGCAAAAUAUCCUUGCUAGCUUAUUUGAGUUAUUUAAAUUUUACUUGUACUAUUUAGUUGUCUUUUCCUUAUCCCAGUUUUAGUUAUUUCAUUUCCAAUUGCACUAGCAUGCUGGUUUCUUUGUAUUAUGAAGGAUUGCUCUAAGAUUUGCAAUAUGUAGACAGUAUAACUCAAAAUGCUUUGGUGCUGCCUCUAUUGACUAAUUUAAAAAGCUGCUUAUUUAAAAAUUUAAGUUCUGAACUAGCCACCCAUUUGUGUUACUGUAUUUUCAUUUUGUACAUGGACGGACAGCACUGGCAAGAUGCAAGACCAUGCUGUUCUAGAGUAUUCGAAGUGACUGUUGACUGUAAAUCUAUGGUUGUUUGAACCUCUGGGGCAAAGGUGAGACCUUGUAAGCCAUAGUAUUUGCUAACUGCCUCCAGAGAAGCUGAACUCAUUAGCGCUGUACGUUGUUUGGUUUGAUUAGAAGUCCGUGUCUUGAGCAGCCCCACACUUCCUCAUCACAGAGGAACGUUCAGGCCUUGAGAGCUGAUGAGGGGGUGUACAAACUGGCCUUUUUGCCUUCUUGGGAACGGGAUGAGUGGCAUUUCCAACUCUGGAGAGCCGCUGGGGAUGAUUAAAGGCUUCCCUACCCCCACUGGAGAUCAGUGCCGCCAGAGUCCGUAGCUUUCGGUUGCCAUGUGACUGUUCAGGGGUUAGACAGAGACUCCUCGAGGGUGGCUCUGGGUAUUGGAGCCAUUCUUCAUGCCACCAGCCUGGCUGUAUAGAUUAGUAGGUUACUGUUCAAGCUGGUCUGAAGCCCAAGGUAUUGAACUGUCCUGAAAAUCAUCCUUUAGCUUGACUUAGUUUCCUCAGUGCAGUAGAGAAAUGUCCGAUUGAGCUCGUAUCCGCACGUAAAUGUUUUUUCUUUUAAUUCAGUUAUCCUAGGCGCGCUCUCCUGGAGCAACUGCAAAUUUCAGUGGCAAAUUAACAAUGAUCCCACGCAUGUAUCCAAUGUACUAACUUGAUGUGUGCUGCAUACGAGACUUUAAUUUUCUCUGUGGCAGCUUGUUUGACUGUCCUUAUUUGUGUUGACCAAUUAUCAAAAUAACUGUUUGUGAAAUUGCCAAUAUAUUUUCUGUCAGAGAAUGGAUUUCUAGAGUGUGAAAACAUUUGAUUGCCCUCUUCAGUUCACUAUGAAUUCUUAUCCUGUAACUACCAGAUUGUCAUGGUAGUGGUAUUAAUAUACAUAUCUGUAUAUAGACAAAAAGACAUGGUUGUGGUCAGAAGAAUUCGAACAUUUUAAUAACGUUUUUCCCAGUCAAAUACAAUAAUGCUUCCAAGGCUACAAAAAAGUGUACAGUUGUUAAACAAGUUGUAAAUAAAGGCUUAUAUAAAA